ACCAUUAGUUGAAACUCUAUAACCGGUUACCUGGUUUUGGUCAUUUAUGUCAAGUGGAAUAACAUUUCAAACGACAUAGAAAGACAAGUAAAAUCUAUAUUGUAAUGCAAAAUAGUAUAGAUGAUCAAUUUCGCUCGGAGCCUUUGAAUUGAAAAUUCGUUUCUAUUCAACGAUCGAAUUGUGAAAUCGCAAUUUUCAAAUAGCUAAAGAUAGCAAAAUGUUAUCGCCCAUAUUGAAACGUUUCAAACUGCUGAUGAACAAACAAGUUGAGGUGAUUUCCGAUCUGCCGUCGGCCGGUGGCCCAGUUAAGCAUGAAUUACUCAUCAAGGAGAACACCGAGCUUAAGGAAGGCGUUUACGACACCCUGAAAAACAUUCGGGACCCUGAAAAACCAGCGACCCUCGAGGACUUGAAUGUUAUCAACGAAGAUGACAUAGAAGUGACACGGAACUUCGACAACUCGAUCUACAUGAUUAAAGUUGUUUUUACACCGACGGUGCCCCAUUGCAACCUCGCCACGCUGAUUGGCCUCUGCAUCAGGAUCAAACUGCAGAACUGUCUUCCGCAGAAGCACAAGCUGCAGAUCUGCGUGAAAAAGGGGACACACCAGGCCGAGGACGAGGUCAACAAGCAGAUCAACGACAAGGAGAGAGUGGCCGCAGCUAUGGAAAACAUCUCACUCCAGGAAAAAGUCAAAGAAUGCAUAGCUGAAGAAGAAUAACAAUCUGAUUGUUUUUUGCAUCCUUAUGUUUGAUAAGACUGACUGGAUAUUAGUGUGAUAUCAGAUAGAUAUUUAUUUUUGUAAAUUUAGAUUUAUUACAUACAAACUUGUAUGCUGUAAUGUGUUAUAAAAAUACAUACGUAGGUGUUUAUUA